AUGCACUCGUGCGAAAUGUGCUCACAACCUGACGACACAAAGGUGCCCAUCUUUUCGCUGCCGCAGGAGUGGCUGUGGUGCGAGUCCUGGUGCAGCGACGGCAGCAAGGCCGAGGCGAAGACCAUCGACCUGUGCAACAACCCUCAGGUAACAAAUCACAUGAAAUCGCCAACCGUGUUCCGGCGGCGUCGGCUGUCUGUCUGCUGCCUGCCUGCUGCUUCUUGGCCGCGAGACGGACGCGCUCGGUUUUUCGUCGUGGUGCCGAAGCUUGUUUUACACACCACUUUUCAUCUCUAG